UCAACAUGUCGGGCGGUCGAAAGCCCCGGUCUGUCGCGAACCCUUUGGAAUCAGCAAUUACUACACCAAGCGAACGAAUUUUGAAACAAUGUCACAAUUUAUAUAUCGACAACGACAACGGGCUGGUGAAGAUUGCGAGCGGCUUGGGUGUAGUGCUGCUGCCGCCGCGAAAGAAGAUCAUCGUGAUGAUAAUGGGGAACCACUCUGCAGGGAAGAGCUCCUUCAUCAACUGGUAUGUGGAGGAGCACAUUCAGAAAACAGGAGUCGCCAUAGAAACGCAAGGGUUCACCUUCAUCACCAGCGGCCGGAAGAGAGAGUCGUUAACAGGCAAUGCAACUCUACACCUCUACCCCCAUUUCCGACCCCUGUUGGAGUUUAAAGGUGUUACGGACUACCUCUCAUCAGAGAUCUCCACCUCCAAGCAGAAGAAGUUCAGCCUGGUCACCUUCGUGGACACGCCGGGGCUGGUGGACGGGGACAUGAUAUACCCCUUCGACGUCAACAAUGCCAUCACGUCUUUUGGGCAACAGGCAGACCUGAUCUUCGUGUUCUUUGAUCCCAUGGGGCAGGCCCUGUGCAAGCGGACGCUCAACAUCGUGGAGAAGCUGACCGAUACGAGUGGCGACAAGCUGCGAUUCUACCUCAGUAAGGCCGACGAGGCGGGCAAAGAAACAGACAGACAGAGAGUCAUGAUGCAGAUCGUCCAGGAGCUGUGUCGACGGCCCGGCCUGAACAAGUGCGGCUUCGAGAUGCCCACCAUCUACAUCCCCAACCCCCAGAAGCCAAGCAGGUGUAUAAACCAGAUAGAUGAGGUGUGCCAGACGAUAGAGAAGACAAUCGAACAGGCAGUCCAGAAGACCUUGGACCAGCUGGAGAAGGACUGUGACCUCUUGUGCACCACUAUCAGCAAUAAACUAGCAAAAGACAGGGAGGAUGUGCGCUACAACCACAGCUCCCGGCUCCACUCCUUCAUGUGCUACAUGGUGGGCCUCCUGAUGCCCUGCCUCUUCGUCCUCAGCUUCAUCAUCAACACCUUCACCAGGGAGGAGCUGGACGGACUGGUGGGGGAGGGACUCUCUACCGCCCUCUUCCUCUCAACGGGCCUCAUGGUUCUGGUGUGGGACUGGAUCCCAGAGGAUGGACAGAUCCUCUUCGUAAUCCUGCUUGGGGCAUUCAGCUAUUUCCUACUCUUUCUUGCCAAGUACUUUGGCUGCCAGAGGAGCAGGACCCUGAGCAAGAAGGAGAAGAAGACCCUGGCCGAGUACAGCGAGUUCGUCCAGGAGGUGGUCAAAGGGAAAAAGCAACGGCUGUACGAGGAGUACCUGAAAGAGUGUGCCACAGAGUACGACUUCUGACCUCCAACCUUUGACCCCUGAUGCCCCGUCUUCCCUCCCUUCAUCCACAACAGGGGCCUUUACUGAGAAGCUGGUUC